GCUGGUUUGCAAAACCUACAGAAAAGAAGACCCCUGUGAGUCCUCAUGAGCACAUGAAGGCGGCAUUUAUGGCUGAAAUGAAAGCUGAAAACAUCAAGCAGUUUCUUUACAAUUUUACACAGGUUCCUCACCUAGCGGGAACAAAGGAGAACCUUCAUCUGGCACAGCAAAUCCAAGCUGAGUGGAAGGAGUUUGGUUUGGAUUCUGUUCAGCUCGUUCAUUAUGAUGUCUUGCUCUCUUAUCCUGAUGACACUAAGCCCAACUACAUCUCAAUAAUUGAUGAGCAUGGAAAUGAGAUUUUCAACACAUCAUUAUCUGAGCCUCCCCCUCCCGGAUAUGAGGCUGUUAAAGAUGUGGUACCACCCUACAGUGCAUUUUCAGCCCAAGGAAUGCCUGAGGGUGAGUUAGUGUAUGUGAAUUAUGGCCGCACCGAGGACUUCUUUAAGAUAGAGCGUGAAAUGGGAAUUAACUGUACAGGAAAGAUUGUCAUUGCCAGAUAUGGGAAGAUCUUCAGAGGAAAUAAGGUGAAGAAUGCUGAAUUGGCAGGUGCCAAGGGAGUUAUUCUGUACUCUGACCCUGCUGACUACUGCGCCCCAGGAACAGAUCCCUAUCCAAAUGGCUGGAAUCUUCCAGGUGGAGGAGCCCAACGUGGAAAUAUAUUAAACCUGAAUGGGGCAGGGGAUCCUCUGACACCAGGUUAUCCUGCCAAAGAAUACACAUAUCGAUUAGACAAAGCCCAUGGUGUAGGUCUCCCAAAAAUUCCAGUUCAUCCCAUUGGCUAUGAUGAUGCUGAGACACUACUGCGAGUUCUGGGGAAUAAAGCUUGACCGAAAUAUUCAUUUAGAGGAAAUCUGAAUGUAUCUUACAACGUUGGUCCUGGUUUCACAGCAAAUUACUCUACAAGAAAGGUGAAAAUGCACAUUCAUAACAACAAUGAAGUAAGAAGGAUUUACAAUGUGAUCGGUAUCAUCAAAGGCACAGUGGAACCAGACAGAUAUGUCAUCCUGGGAGGCCACCGUGACUCAUGGGUAUUUGGUGGCAUUGAUCCUCAGAGUGGGGCAGCUGUGGUUCAUGAGAUUGUGAGAAGCUUUGGAAAACUGAAAAGGAAAGGGUGGAGGCCAAGGAGAACAGUGAUAUUUGCAAGCUGGGAUGCAGAGGAAUUUGGCUUGUUUGGAUCGACAGAAUGGGCUGAGGAGAAUGCCAAAGUCUUGCAAGCACGGGGAGUGGCUUAUAUCAAUGCAGAUUCCUCCAUCGAAGGAAACUACACACUGCGAGUGGAUUGCACACCACUGAUGUACAGGCUGGUGUACAGUCUGACUAAAGAGAUACCAAGUCCUGAUGAGGGGUUUGAAGGGAAAUCUCUUUAUGAGAGCUGGUAAAAAAAUCCAUCAAGAGAAUAUAAGGAAGUCCCCAGAAUAAAUAAGCUGGGUUCUGGCAAUGACUUUGAAGUCUUCUUUCAACGUCUGGGCAUUGCUUCAGGUAGAGCACGUUACAGUAAAAAUUGGAAUGUAGAAAAAUACAGCAGCUACCCAGUAUACCACAGUGUCUAUGAAACCUAUGAAAUUGUGGAAAAGUUUUAUGAUCCCACUUUCAAGAAUCAUCUGACAGUCGCACAGGUACGGGGAGGACUGGUGUUCGAACUGGCCAACUCUGCUGUUCUUCCUUUCGACUGCAGAGAUUAUGCAUCAGCUCUGAGCAACUAUGCUCACAUCAUCUAUAAUUUAUCAAGGAAUCAUGAAGAGGAACUGGCAACAUACAAUGUGUCCUUUGAUGCCCUCUUUUCAGCUGUGAAGAAUUUUACAGAAGUUGCUGCUAGCUUUCAUGAGAGACUGCAACAAAUAGAUAGUAAUAACCCACUUGCUGUCAGAUCACUGAAUGAUCAGCUCAUGUUUCUAGAAAGGGCUUUCAUCGAUCCUCUUGGAUUACCUGGAAGGCCAUUCUAUAGACAUAUUAUCUUUGCUCCAAGCAGCCAUAACAAGUAUGCAGGAGAAUCAUUCCCAGGGAUCUAUGAUGCCAUGUUUGAUAUUGAAAGCAAAGCGGAUCAGCGUGAGGCCUGGGAAGAAGUUAAGAGGCAGAUUUCCAUUGCAGCCUUCACUGUGCAGGCCGCAGCAGAAACACUGAAAGAAGUAGGAUAAAUAUCAACAACAUUAUCAUCAGUGUGGACUAAAUUUGACAGUACAGAAGCCUUAAAAAUAGAGCAUUUAAAAACACUAGGAGGAUUAUUACAAAGAACACAAAACCCCAAAAGAUCUUGUUCUUUGCACAUAAUAUACCCAAGCGGAAUGCAUUUAGCAAUGCUAACAAGGUAAUGUACUCCACUCAGAAAACUCAGGCUGUAGAUAUUUCCUGAAGUGAGAGUGAAAAGCUGUGAUGUUUUUCUCUCAGCUUCAUAUUUUAAGAAUUGCUAACCACUGGAUUUAUUUUCAGAGCUUUGCAGUUUACUAGCUUGAUUACUCUAGCAGUCCUCAUAGUGCAUCAGGAAGCCAAAAGUCAUUUCAUGUUUCUAUCAUUGUCUAGUUUUAUUUGGGUUUUUAUUAUUUACCUUUGGGUUACAUAAUUAUACUCCAGCAUAGCCCUUUUAGCUCUCCUUUUACACAAAGAUUCAUGUAUGAAGAUGAGAAAACCGUCACAUACCAUGUGCUGGAUGUAUAACAACAAGUUUUGGGCAGCCAGCCCAAAAUACUCAUCCAUGACACUCUUCUCUUCACAUGCUGAGUCUCACAGCUUUUUGCAAAUAAAAUUAAGCAAGAAGCCUUCUAGUCGCUGGAGUGAAAAGAAGGUAAUCCAUCUUGUCAGAUGUAUAACUAUCUCACAAAACAUGUCUUCUGAGAUGAAGACCUACUUUUAUUCUUUCAUCCCAAAUCUACUCCUGCUAUGACUUGUCCAUAACAAGAUAUUUUUAAAAUGAAGAAAAAUAGGAGGAAAAAGAAGUCCUCAGUCCUUAGUUUCAAAUUAACCAAAUUAUUACCAUUUUUGUACAGUCUGUAUUUCUGAUAUUGCUGUGCAGUUUACUCUUAUGACGGACAGCUCAAAAGACUACAAUGAGACAACUGAGAUCAGACUGAGAAGUCUCAGAAAAUCAGAUCCCUUCAUCUGAUGCUCCACCACUGGAGGACUACUAACAUCUUGGACAGAAAUACUUGGUGUGAUUUUAUCUGCCAUUUUAGCCGAGGCCUCCACCGUGUCAUAUAAGACUGUCUCGUGAUCUGAUGGUUUUCAAUGUCAUAGUAGAUUCAUUUUCUUUUCCUUAAAACAUCAUUCGUAAAUAUUUCAACUCUCCACAUUAAAACCCUUUAGGCAAGUUAA